AUGUCUCUCCUGUCCUUAACCAACCCUCCCGGCUGGAGCGUUUGCUCAACUCUCUACGUCCUCGUCGUGUUGCUCCCAGAGGCCAAAGCAGAAAACCUGAACGCUACCACUACAAUCAACGGCGGGGGUUCCCAGUGUGGGGAGUACACGAACCAGCUGAUGGAGGACGGGAUGUGCCGGCUGGUGGCCACGCUGCCUCAGCUGGACGAACGCAGGUGCCCGGAUAUGUUUCGCUGCACGGACGAGGUUUCCUACUGGCUGCACGAGAACGAGGAGAGAAAACAGCAGAUUGCGGUGCUGAAAGAGACAAUCUCUGAGCUGCAGGAGGAACUGAGGAACCACCGGCACCGCAUCAAAGUCCUCGAGCUGCAGAGUGAAGAGAGGACCCACUUGAACAUCUCCUUGGAACAGCGUUUCCAUGAGUUGGAGGUCCACUAUGCUGAAGCCACCACCCUGCUGCACCUCCAGGGGACUCUGAUCCUAGACCUUCAGAGCCAACUCCAUAAUCUGACACUUCUGGUGGAUAAAGUGAAAAGAAGUCCAGGUUGUUCAGUCAACGUUGUCCAACCCAAUCCUCUCAUGGAUGCUCAACAGGCCCUGCACCCAGAGAUCCAGCAUGCCAGGAGCUGUCCCAUAGACUGUGCUUCUAUCUACUACAAUGGAGUGAGAAGAUCAGGUCUCUACACUGUGGUGCCAUCAAUGGCGGGCAUGUCUAUGGAAGUCUAUUGUGACAUGGACACAGAUGGAGGUGGCUGGACUGUGAUCCAGCGGCGAGUGGAUGGCUCAGUGAACUUUGACCGCAGCUGGAGGGACUACAGGGAUGGAUUUGGUGACCUGCACUCCGAGUUUUGGCUGGGCAACGACCACAUACAUGAUCUGAGCACUCAGGGAGACUACAGCCUCCGGAUCGACAUGGAGGACUGGGGCAACAGGCACAAACAUGCCAUCUACCAGAGCUUCAGUGUGGACGAUGAGGUGCAUCACUACCGCCUCCAUGUGUCGGGCUUCAGUGGCACAGUCCAGGACUCUUUCAGCUGGUACCAUGACAAGCAGGCCUUCAGUACGCCGGACAGUGGCAACAUCUGUGCUGAGAUCUCGCACGGUGGUUGGUGGUACAACCAGUGCUUCUAUGCCAAUCUUAAUGGAGUCUACUACAGGGGCGGCCACUACACUCCAAAAACCCGAGGGCCGCUGGGUCCCGAUGGGAUCGUUUGGUACUCCUGGAAAGACUCUGACUAUUACUCCCUACGCAAAGUCAGCAUGAUGAUACGACCGCACAACUUCCGAAGCCGUUUGUCACCAUGACGACGGUGUGGACCAGGACCUGGCAUCCCUC